GCCUUUUACAGGUCUCACCUAACCCGAUGCACACAAUGCUGGGCGAGACGGCUUGCGCCCAUUGGACCGAGUGCGCAUGGCCCGCCGUUGGAGGCUGGACGAGUGGCUUGAGGUUAAUCUUUGCUCGACAGCCAAUGGUCUCAAAGACAUGCAUGUGUAGUGGGUAGGGUAGGUAGUGGGAGGCCUGAGUGUCGUUCUUCCCAUGGGUUUGAGGACUUCGGCUUGAUCUUACUUUACACACAGUACUGGGACUGACUUUUGGUUUACUUAUCGAGUGCUGAUCGGACGGCGAGUAGACCUUGUACGUCUUUUGCGAUACGCGAUAUAGAAGAGGAGGGCCGCUAUGGUGUAUCUAUCGACUGAGAGCCUGUUGGCUCUGAUUUGGACAAGUGCUGCGCUUGCGACGCCGUUAAUUGCAGAACCGAUGCGGAGGAACGACCUUGCAGUGCGCGACGAUACAGUUUGUCCGGAUGGAUACACAUCGAAGAACGGCAUGAGCUUCACAACAUAUUGCAAACAGAACAACCCUGGGAAUGAUGCUAUGGAUAUCAAGUACUUCACAUCUCCGUCCAUGGCAGACUGCAUGGAGCAUUGCUCGCGAUACUGGGGCAAUGGCGAAGGUUGCUAUGGCGUCGUAUGGCGAGAAGACAACAAAUGCUGGAUACGCAACAGCAACACCACCGUGAACGGCGUCGUCGACUCCACCGACGGCACACACUCCGCGCUCAUCGCCUCGAACACGUACGAUAAGGUCGACACGGCGUGUCCUGCCACCGACCUCUCGACACAUACUUUAGAUGGCGUUCCGGGACUGGGAUAUACGAUACAAUGCAACAAGGUUAUUGACGGAACAUAUGAUACUUGCUGGUCUGGCUACCCAAAGCCAUGCUGGGACACGCAACAUGUCGAAGGAGCCUUCAUCGGGUUCUACCACACCACGACCCUUGAGGCUUGCGUGCGGAUCUGUACCGACCAGAGUCCGCUUUGCAAAGGCGUUUCAUGGAACCCUGAUUACUCGAUCGGCUUCGCGAACUGCUGGCCCAAGACAGGCUUCAGUGAUAACCACAUGUCCACACCUUCCGCGAAGGACGGCGUGAUCCACUCCGUUACCAUCACGUCUUUCGAUCGUGUCGAUUCCAACUGUCCGUCGUCGAAUAGCUACGCGACCGCGGACAACAAUAAUUUUGACAUCCACUGCGGCCAGCUCAACGAAGGAACCAACAUCACACAGAUCCACACGCAGAACAUAACAUCAUGUAUGGACUCGUGCGCCACAACAGACAAGUGUGUCGGUGUGGUGUUUGACUCGACGCUGCAAAACGGGUUUAAAAACUGCUAUUUGCAGAACACUACAAGCACUACUAGCGACAAGGCAUCUGCGACUUUCGCCGCGCUGUCCGGGAGCUCGAUUCCGUCAUCAAGCAGCUCUUCCACACCGGGGAACUCAACUUCUGGUUCUGGUUCCGGGUCAUCUGGAAAGGGAGGCGAGAGCAAAGCUUGGAUUGCCGGCCCUGUUGUUGGUGGGCUUCUUGGGCUUGCGAUUGUUGCUGGUGCGGCGUUUUGGUGGCGGAGGCGGAAAAACAAUGCUGCGGCAGUGGGGGAGAAGCAUGAAGGUGUCCAGUAUGAUGCUGCGCCGGCAUAUUCACCGGGUCUGGCACCCCACGGCGCGCAGCAGCAGAUGAGCUAUUAUGAUGCACAUCCGAUGAACGAAGCAGAUGCAGGGGCUACGAGGAAUGAGUUGCCUGAAACAACAAAGUAUGCGCAUCGGACGGGGGAAGGGGAGGUGCAUGAGGCGCCAUGAUCCCAACGUACACUCCCUGGCGGCUAGCAUGUGAGGCUCGUCGAUGAAAUCACGACUUCCAAAAAGGCCGGCGGCGGCCUUUGCUGGACGUUCGUGAUAUGAGGCAGUGGUACAGCAUUCUGGCGUUUCUUCCAUGAUACCAAAAUUAUUUGUGCUUUUCUUGUCGUGAUUAAUAGUACGCUGUUAUCUUUUUCAAUGACCGAAAGAGUCUCCCUACAUAUAAACUUAGGUGAAC